UAGUUGUAGAAAGAAAAAAGGUGGGUUCUAUGUGGAAGAGGUGCAUAUUUGUUGAGCUCAAGAAGAAAAUAUAUACAUACCAAUGGCAGAGCACCAAAGAAUCCAUCCAGUGGUGGACAUGGAAGCCCCACCAACAGCUCCUUUGGUGCCUCAUGGCUCAUCGAUAUCAGAAAAAGGUAGUCCCGUUCGGCGGCAUCCCCAGCCUCCAACACAGCAAUUUCCUGUUCCGGUGAUCCAUUCGAGGCCAGCAAAGAGUAGAAGUUGUUGCAAAUGCAUAUGUUGGACAAUUAGCCUCCUUGUUCUCCUACUAGUUAUAGCCGGAGCCACUGCUGGAAUUCUAUACCUAGUCUUCCAACCAAAACUUCCAUCAUACUCAGUCGAUAGCUUGAAGAUAAGCAGUUUAGGGCUCGACAUUGACAUGUCCCUAUAUGCAAAAUUCGACGUGAAGAUCACGGCCUAUAAUCCGAACAAGAAGAUCGGAAUUUACUACGAGAAAGGGGGCCGGUUGAGUGUGUGGUAUGCAAACACUAAGCUUUGUGAUGGGGCAUUGCCAAAGUUCUAUCAGGGACAUCAAAACAAGACAGUACUGCAUCUGGCCUUAACCGGCCAAACGCAGUAUGGUAGCACUUUGAUGACUGCAAUCCAGGAACAACAACAAACUGGAAGAAUUCCUUUGGAUCUUAAGGUUGAUGCACCGGUGGCAAUCAAACUUGGCAAGCUGAAGCUCAAAAAGGUCAGGAUCUUGGGAGGAUGCUUGUUGGUCGUGGAUAGUUUAUCUGCUAAUAAUUUCAUCAGCAUUAAAGCCAGCAAUUGUAGGUUCAGGCUGAAGCUUUGAAAUUAUCACUAUAGAUUUUGAGUUAUUUGUCUUUCCACAAAUUGCUGUGUCCCCCACGUUUUGGAUGGGAAAGUUGGUUCUUUUUCCAUCAUACAUAUCACUAAUUCAAUUGCAUUGUAUUUAAUAAUAA